AUGCAAAGAGGCUCACCUUCAAGAGGCAGCCAAUCUGGUGGACAGAGUGGAUGUGAUUGCUCUGGUGCAAGUUCUAGUGGAUCAUCUUCCUCACUGAGAAGUAAUUCCUCUUCAAAUGACACAUCUUAUUCUGGAGGAAGCCGUUACAGUAGCUAUGAUUCUACCUCACCAUCUUACAACCGUCAGAGUGAACGGGAGUCAUAUUCUUCUGGAGCUAGUCAAUAUGGUGGACAAGGAUCACCAUCUUAUGGAAGCAGCCAUUAUGGUGGACAAGGUUCACCUUACUCUGGAGGCAGCCAAUAUGGAGGGCAGGGUCCAUCUUCCUCAGGUGGCAGCCAGUAUGGAGGGCAGGGCUCACCUUCAAGAGGCAGCCAAUCUGGUGGACAGGUAUGCUUUAUGUUCUCAACACCAUUCAGCCCUGCUAGUAUUACAGGCACUCUCAGUUUACCUUCUGUAGCUUUGCUUCACAAGAAGCGUUUUUCCUCACUGCUGUCCUUCUUGCCCACAGCCUAA